AUGGCAUUAAUUGGAACCAUUACAGCAUUUGAUAGUGGCAUUGAAGACUGGGCCACUUACAUUGAAAGAAUAGAGUCAUAUUAUGAUGGUAACGAUGUUAAUGAAGAAAAGGAAGCCAGCAUAUUACUCAGUACAGACCAAGUGGAAAGGAACUAUAUUAGAGAGAAGAAAGAAGUGGAGAGAGCGCAGGACCCCCCACCUCAGACCGGCCCGAGCCGCAACUACCUCACGCAGCCCGUCAACACCGCGAGCGAGGCCGAGACGGAGCAGCAACCCGAACAGCAGCAGCGGCAACAGCCAGACAAACCCAAAUCCCCCGGGGAGAAGAAAGUCAUCGCAACAAAGGUUCUUGGAACAGUAAGGUGGUUCAAUGUACGAAAUGGAUACGGAAUCAUCAACAAGAAUGAUACAAAGGAAGAUGUGUUUGUACAUCAGACUGCUAUAAAAAUGAAUAACCCGCAGAAAUACCUCCGCAGUGUGGGAGAUGGUGAAACUGUGGAGUUCGACAUAGUGGAAGGCAAAAAGGGUGCAGAAGCAGCAAAUGUAACUGGUUCCGGAGGAGUUCCAGUCCAAGGAAGCCGAUAUGCCGUAGACAGAAAUUGUUAUCGUUGCUACAACCCUGGCCGGCGAGGUCCACCACGUAAUUACCAACAGAACAUUGGAGGUGGAGAGAAAGGAGAUGGAGUAGAGACAGCAACAGACAGAGAAAACCAAGGUGAUGAAAAUCAGCAACGUCGCCCUCCUUACAGAGGACAGUGUUACCCACCUUACUUUGGUGGUGAAAUAAAUGAAAACCAGGUUGCUGGGGGAGAAGGUAAACCUAACAGAGGAAAAAAAUCAAUUCCAUUCAAACAGAACAGCUUUCGCACAAGGUAA